AUGCCGUACAAUACCCGUCGCAAAUCGCUGUCCCUCCCGUCGCUGGGCAUCCACGUUCCUGUAACCCAUGCCUCCAGAUCUGCCGCGCACCGGGCGUCUCCCAGCAAUGCCGGCGCAUCAUCUCCCUCACAUCCCUCUCCCGCCUCCUCGUCUGCACAACACCCCAACAAGAAGAUAAAGCGAUCCCACACCGACGAGUCGCGAUCUCCUCCCCUGUCAAAGAAGCACCAGCCCUCGAGGACGGAGCCUACGCCUCCCGCAUCGCCCACCGCCGACCACUCUUCCCUCGAGUCCGACGCCCCCCUUGCCAAGAAGAUCGAUCUCGAGGGAAUCAACGACGAGAUCGUCGAGGCUGUCAUCGUACAACUGCAGAGCACUGGCAACAGGCCGCACCUGGUCAAGGAGCUCUCGGCUAUCUUGAUGCAGCAGCUCCGCAUCGUGCAACAGUCCGCAAAUCCGUGCGCCAUCAUCUCUUCGCGGCUCGCAACCUACCUGAAGCGCUCGUGCUGGUCUGCGCUGUCUCCCUGCCCGCUCGCAAAGGAACUCGAGACGGUCCACCCGCGGCGCACCUACUUCUACCUCACCACCUGCCCUCACCAGCCUCUCCCCGAUCCCUCCAUGAGCCAGUUCAUCUCCCGCGCCAUCGUCACCCCGCCUCUCUCGAGCACCAACUCGACCUCUGAGGAUGCCGAGGAGGAGAGGCGCCGCGAGCUCAGCCCUUCACCCGAGGUCGACCUGUCCUCGCCCGAGUUUGAUGACAUGGACGACGACAUCCCCAUGCCCUCGACGCCCAUCGGCUCCUUCUCCGGUCGGUUUCCCAGACACGGCGGCGCAGCUGCCAGGAGCCAGAGGGGCGGCUCUCCGCCGCUCGAGAAGGACGAGAAGGAGUUCACCCAGACCGCCGAGGGCCUGCAGAAGAGGAAGCUGGGCAGCGACAAGCCCGCGGCCGAGACUCCGUACCACAGCAUGGAGCUGGACGAGGGCGCCCGCGACGACAGCAACCUCUUUGGCGGCGAGACCAAGAUGCUGUCGGCCGGCAGCCUGACCCACAUGCCCGUCAUCGCCAGCCCCGCCAUGCGCCCUACCUUUACCUUCAGCGUCAGGAGAGACGACAUGGACAGCUGGGCCAAGUUCGACAGCAUGCUCGAGUGGGACAGGAGCCCCGAGAAUGUCGAGCUGGAGGAGCUUGACGGGCUGUUGAACGGCUUCUAA